CGUGCGAGAGGGACUGGCGCUUUGAUGGCGGCCAUCGGGAUCCAUUUGGGCAGCACGUGUGCUUGUGCUGCAGUGUAUAAGGAUGGCCGUGCAGAUGUUGUUGCCAAUGACGCAGGUGACAGAGUCACUCCUGCUGUUGUUGCAUUUUCAGAGAAUGAAGAGGUUGUUGGUCUGGCAGCAAAACAAAAUAGAGUGAGGAAUCUUUCAAACACUGUCGUGAAAGUGAAGCAAAUUCUUGGAAGAAGCUCUGGAGACCCAAAGGCUGAGAAGUAUAUUGCAGAAAGUAAAUGUUCAGUCAUUGAAAAGAAUGGAAAACUGAAUUAUGAAAUAGAUGGUAAACAUAUUUCCCCAGAAGAUGUUGCAAAAUUGAUCUUCAGUAAAAUGAAAGAAACUGCUCAGUCUGCUUUGGGUUCAGAUGUCAAUGACACUGUUAUUACAGUACCAUUUGAUUUUGGAGAAUACCAGAAGAAUGCCCUUGGGGAAGCUGCUGUGGCAGCUGGACUUAAUGUUCUUAGGCUAAUUCAUGAACCUUCUGCUGCUCUGCUGGCUUAUGGAAUUGGACAAGAUUCACCCAGUGGAAAAAGCAAUGUGUUGGUGUACAAACUUGGCGGGACGUCCCUCUCUAUCACAGUUAUAGAAGUCAACAGCGGACUGUAUCGUGUUCUUUCCACCAACACAGAUGACACUAUAGGUGGUAUCUGUUUCACGGAAGCCUUAGCACAACACUUGGCAUCUGAAUUUCAGAGGUCUUAUAAGUACGAUGUAAGAGGAAACCCCAGGGCCAUGAUGAAGCUAAUGAAUAGUGCUGAAGUUGCAAAGCAUUCCUUAUCUACACUGGGAAGUGCAAAUUGCUUUGUUGACUCACUAUAUGAUGGUCUGGAUUUUGAUUGUAAUGUUUCCAGGGCCAGAUUUGAACUUUUUUGUGCUGCGCUUUUUAAUAAAUGUAUAGAAGCAAUCAAAAGACUACUGCAACAAGUUGGACUUAAAGCAGAUGAUAUCAAUAAGGUAGUUCUCUGUGGUGGAUCUGCUCGAAUCCCAAAACUGCAGCAGUUGAUCAAAGAACUUUUCCCUACUGUUGAACUGCUGAAUUCUAUUCCUCCAGAUGAGGUCAUUCCCAUUGGGGCUGCCAUAGAAGCUGGGAUUUUGUUAGGAAAAGAGAAUACCUUUUUAGAUGAUGAGAUGUUGUCUAUUGAAUGUUCUGCCAAAGAUAUAUUAGUUAAGGUAGUGGAUGAGAUGGAUGAUAAAUUCAUGGUAGUAUUUCCAUCAGGAACUCCUUUGCCAGCUCGAAGGCAGCAUACUCUACAAGCUCCAGGAAGCAACUCCUCUGUCUGUCUAGAAUUAUAUGAGUCUUUGGAAAAAAGCCCAGUCAAAGAGGAUGACAGAUUUGCACAGAUUGUACUUCAGGAUUUAGAUGUAAAGGAAGACGGUCUGCAUGAUAUACUAACUGUUCUUACAAUGAAAAGGGAUGGGUCAUUACAUAUUACCUGCACAGAUCAAGAUACUGGAAAAUGUGAAGCCAUUACUGUGGAAAUGGCCUCAUAGUUUUAAUUUGGAAGAGCUUGUGGUUUCUUGAGUACUUGUUUAAACAAAGAUUGUAAUUGGAAGAUGCCAUAAGUUCCCAUAAUUGUCAAGAAGCAUUGAAAAUACAAAGCUGCAGGUGACAUUUGAAAAGAGGAAAGUUGAUCAUUGUAUAAGAGGUAGCUGACAACAUAUGUGGUAUUUAAUAAUAUACCCCCUAAAAGAACUGCAUAAAAAUGUAUCACUCAAUCACAGCCAACUCACAAGUCAAAUGACCAAGUUGCAGCCAAAGGAAACCAAAAGUUUCUUAACUGUGGAUAAGGUAGGUGGAAAUAAUAAAGGCAGGCUACAUUAUUUGUGGUGUUGUCAAACUGGAUUAAUUAUUUUAUGAACAGUGUGUAUUAGAAAGUAUAAUUUGAGUAUUUGUUACUGUGAAUAGUAAUAAAAGAUUGUUUCUUGUA